GUCGAAGACACUAACGGCAAGCUGCUUGCUGGCACUGGCCCACCACCGAUCGGUCUGUCAGUUGAUCAGGCCUGUAAAAUGCGUCAGUUCUCUCCCGGGCCACAGCCUUCGGGCUCAAAUCAGUUUCCAUCUUCACCACCCUCUUCACCACAACGUCUGCGCCAUUGCUCACCUGCUGAUCAUGCCGGUCGUGUGAAUGUUGCUCAUGAUCACGCCCAUGAUGGACAAACCCCAUCGCAACUUGACUUGUACCGACACAGAAUAGUUGCCAGCUCCUACAGUGCCAGUGCUCUACUUUUCGCAUUUGACGACCUCGUGUUUGUUAAGCUCUACGUCAAGUGGACCACAAUGGCUAGGUUUGCAGAGAUUCUAAAGCUUCGGAAACCACUCAGGAAGAUUAUCUUGUAUAUGCUUCUGAAAGCCGAUUAG